CGCUGCCUCUCUCACCGCUCUACCAACUUGUCACCAAAGAUGGCGAUUUGCUGAGUGCUCAUGGAUACACACAUUUGUCGGUUAGCUCCCGUCUUACCCGAAACGCCAACUUUGAAAACAAACUAAGUGCUCUGCGAAGCAACUGUUUCUCCAUCGGAAGGAAAUCUGACAGGACGUCAGCCGUCAGCGACCAUGCAGAUCACGCUGAAAACACUGCAGCAGCAGACUAUUCAGAUUGAGAUAGACCCCGAACAAACGGUGAAGGCCUUGAAGGAGAAGAUCGAGGCUGAACGGGGAAAGGACAACUUCCCCGUUUCUGGGCAGAAGUUGAUUUAUGCAGGGAAAAUCUUGCAAGAUGACACGCCUAUUAAAGACUACAAGAUCGACGAGAAGAAUUUUGUUGUCGUGAUGGUGUCCAAGGCUAAACCUGCAGCUCCAGCCUCACCGCCAGUCUCAGAAGCCCCCAAGCCGCCUGUACAAGACUCUGGCUCCACCUCCACCCCCGCCCCGGCUACAAACCCAGCUCAGGCCCCGGUCCCCGCCCCGGCCCCGGCCCCCACAGCUGUCCAAAUUUCUUCAGAGGAGGCCAAACCGGAGCCCAACCCGGCAGCCACAGAACCCCAGCAGCCAGCCAGCUCCAGUGGUGUCAGUCAGGGCCUGGACGCCUCCUCAACGCUCGUGACUGGAGCCGAGUACGAGGCCAUGCUGACAGAGAUCAUGUCUAUGGGCUACGAGAGGGAGCGAGUGGUAGCUGCACUGCGGGCCAGCUUCAACAACCCUCACAGAGCGGUGGAGUACCUCCUCACUGGUAUUCCCAGCAGCCCGGUUCAGGAGAGCAACCCACCGGCCCAGGCCCCCACAUCUGGCCCCACGGAGCCUCCGUCUCUAGCAGAAGGUGAGAACCCACUAGCAUUCCUGAGAACCCAGCCGCAGUUCCUGCACAUGAGGCAGGCCAUCCAGCAGAACCCGGCCCUGCUCCCAGCACUCCUGCAGCAACUGGGCCGAGAGAACCCACAACUUCUACAGCAAAUCAGCCAACAUCAGGAGCUGUUCAUCCAGAUGCUGAACGAGCCGGUGGGAGAAGGAGGCGACGCCCCGGAGGUCGGCGAGAUGGGAGCGGCGGGCGAAGAGGGCGCGCCCGUCAACUACAUCCAGGUCACACCACAGGAGAAGGAAGCCAUCGAAAGGUUAAAAGCUCUGGGUUUCCCCGAGGCGCUGGUCAUCCAGGCCUACUUCGCCUGCGAGAAGAACGAGAACCUGGCGGCCAACUUUCUCCUCAACCAGGGACUGGAAGACGACUGAACAGGAGCAGACCUCUGCCCCCUCACACCCCCCGCCCCCACCACCAUCACCACCACCACCACCCCUCUCCUGCCCCACCCAUCCCUCCGCUCCCCCCUUCCUCAGCUCAACAUAAAGACUGCACCCCCUGAUCUUACUGUACGACCUCAGCUCAAGCAGACAGGAGGGAGGGCGGGGCCGGUUGGGGGGUGGAGGGUUGAGGGCAAGAAGGUCAGAUUAUGGGAGUAGAAGUGGGGGGCGGGAAGGGGGGAGAAAAGUGUGGAAGAAUGAUGAAAUCCACGUGAAUUCCAAUGGAAUGAGUGGGGUCAGCUUAGGGGAGAUCUGUACUUUGAUUUUAGGUGCGCUUUGUGAACAUUAGGGAGGGGGAGGGGCGGUGGUGUGUGUGUGUGUGUGUGUGUGUGUGUGUGGUUGCGUGCUCAUGUCUGCGUGUGUGAGAGUACAUGUCUGUAUGCCUGUGCAAGAUGGAUGAGACACAGUCAGGCUGAAGAAGAAGAAGAAACCCAACAACAAUGUAAUCAAUCUGGCAUCCUCUAAGGUCGUUAAUGCUGUAGCUCGGUCAGUCGGUCAGUUUGUACGGCCGCGCUGUGACCUCAUCAUCAGCGUGUGUAAAAAAAAAAAAAGGAAAAGAAAGGAGAAAAAAAAAACAAACUGCUUUGUGUGUAUCUCUGUAAGCCUCACGUCCGACAAUGAAAUUAGAAGAAGUGACGGACUGGACUGUGCUGCCCUUUAUUUUACUUUUCUUUUUUCAAUUGUUUUUUUUUAUUGUUUUUUCUUUUUUUUUAACAUCGCUCUCUGUCUCAACAUGUUUCUGGGGUCAUGAAGUCAAAAUAGGAACAAAACAUCACAGAACAGGAUCUUUAAUAAUCAGUUAAACUCCUGAACAUCAGAGCGGGAUGUGAAGAGUCCACACACACACACACACACACACACACACACACACACACACACACACACACACACACACACACACACAGACACACACACAGACACACACACACACAGACACACACACACCACACACACACACACACACACACACACACACACAGUGCCUGCCUCUUCAUCACAUCUAAAACCCUGGUAUCUGUUCCUGGUUCUUUAUGACACUACAUAUUAAAUACUGACUGCACAUGCUACUCUCCUCCGACAGCUGUGGUUUCAUUCUGAGCUCAUCAUUCUGAUCAAACAUUAUUACUGAUGGCAACUUGAUCCUAAAACAGACGUUUGCUCGGAAACGGAACAACUCGUUGUGUCUCAGCUGGGCAUGGGCCGACAAAACUCCACACAUCAUCCAGAUCACUGUUACAGAAAACGGCUUGUUUUCUGUAACGGUGAAAACAGAUUUUGGUCAAAUGAAGCUUGGUGUGAAGGAACUAUAAAAAAAGAACUAAUUGCAAGCAUUAAAAAAAACGAACAGAAAGGUAAGCAAAAUCAGUGAAGUCCUGUUGAGUAUGUGACAAGGCCCUGAUUCAAAUAAAACACAAUGAUUAGUCAAAUUGAGCUAAUCAUUGUUAGUGAUUAGUCAAUGCACCGAACCGAUGCACCGAUCGGGCCGAUUUCAACCUGAUCCUAAUUUUUAUUUUUUCCCUUGCAGAUGGUCCCAUGUAAAACGGGAACCAAUGUGCUCCGGGAUAUUUGAAUGCAUCAGCAAAUGAAGGAACCGCAAGAUUUAAAUAUUCUUAUUCAUGGCUCUAAUGUUGAUCUAACUUUUCGUUCUAUAUCUUAAGAACUUGUUGCUUGUUUCUAGACUGCAUUUAAUCAGCAGUGUAGAAAACUGGCAGGUUUCAACAACCUGCCGAUCCAGGGAAAACCACCUCAGGUCUUUUAUUCAGGAUUUAGCGCCAAACAUGCUAAGGUUAGCUGGAUAAUUAGGCUAUCUCUGGUUAAUUAGCCUGCAUCCAGCUGACCUUAGUCUGCAACUGUAGUAGUAGUAAAAAUACAAAAAUCUUUACCUGACUGAUGGAUGACCCUUUGACCCCAGGCCAUGUCCAUGUUUUCAUCCAGCUCUUUGCAGUGAGCUUGAAAUGAUAGAAUAAUGAACCUUUUGUUGUUUUGUUUUCAUCCUUGACUCUGCUGGCGGCCUGUGCCCAGUUUGACCACAUGAAGUGUUCCCUAAAGAGAACCAUGAACCAGUGCAGGACGUUCCUGCUCUAAACGUUCCUUUCUCCUCCAGUAUCCAGGCUUUGGACUGAAGGUGUCGCGUUCUUCCCCUCAGCUGUACUCUUUAAAUGUUUUUUCGUUUUUUUUUUUUUGACUUGGAUCACUGAAAGAACCGGUCGUGUCGGGUUUAAAGCGGGAUAAGUGCAGGAACGCUCCCUGUCAUGAAGGCUCGGAGAACCUCGCUGCGACCCGGGUUCUGUUCUUCCACUGAGCGUUAAGGACUCCCCGUAAGAAACCUUUGAUAUUUUAGCUUUUACUUUUGAAGACUUCUCACCCGUGGAAUUUCCAUUCAAGGUCCGAUCCUAACCCGACCAUCAGUGAACUACUUAGGACUUGGAACCCGCUUUUCUUUUUUCAGAACAUGAAAUAUUCACGCUAACGUUCUUAUUGUAGAUAUCUAAGCAUGAAGGACAAGGCCCUGCUUUGUUUUAUGGGGUUCAUGAUAAACGCUGUUACAGGUAACACAAGUGCAUUCUGUGUCUCUGUGUGUGUGUGUGUGAAGGCAGCCUGUACUGAUUGUUGUCCUACAGCAUCAACAUGAUCUUAGACUAUGCUGUGCUACAUUAAAUAUCAGCAGUCUUUCAGC